GAGCGUGUAAUAGAGAGAGAGAGAGAGAGAGUGUGUCUGUGAGAAAGUACUGAGACAGCUCAGAGCUCCAGAGUUAACUCUUAAAGUGUGUUUUGUGCGUUUCCUAUUGCUGAUGAAGGUGAUAAUGCAGUUAUGAGCAGAGGGAAAAGCAUGAUUAGUGAAAUUGUUCUCAUGUCCACAUCAGCACUUCGGAUUACUACAGUCGUCUCUUUCUCCAAAAUGUACACCGUGAAUAUGAAAGACGGAAGAAUGGAGGCGUUUUUCUCUGAGACAAUGGAGCAGAUCACCAGCCAGAGGCUUAAUUCAGCAUUCAGCCCAUAAGAAAGUUCCUGGAUUUUCACCAUGAGGAAAAAGACUCACCAUGUCUUGCUGGCCUGCGUGGUGUUCAUCUCCAUCACAAUCUUUUAUCUUAGCCUUACUGCCAUGGAAUGCCCAAAAUCCCAAUCUGGGACCAGUGCUUGGGCUGUAUGGGCAGCUAACCAGCGUCUGGGCAAGAACCUUAAUUACUCACUGCCUCUUCCUAUAGAAUACAGUGAAGACACUCCUCUGAUUUUUGUUGGUGGUGUCCCUCGUAGUGGCACUACUCUAAUGCGAGCAAUGCUGGACGCCCACCCUGAAGUACGCUGUGGAGAGGAGACGCGCGUCAUCCCCCGUUUGUUAGCUAUGCAGGCUAGCUGGAGCCGCUCAUCUCGUGAAAGGACUCGCUUGAUCGAGGCUGGCGUCACCGACGAGGUCCUGGACUCUGCUGUCCGUUCCUUCCUCUUGGAGAUCAUAGUGGGACAUGGUGAACCGGCUCCACGCCUUUGUAACAAAGACCCUUUUGCUCUGAAAUCUCUCUCGUACCUGUCGAAACUUUUUCCACGUGCCAAGUUUGUGUUGAUGCUGCGUGAUGGCCGGGCCACGGUUCAUUCCAUGAUAUCACGCAAGGUUACCAUCACAGGAUUUGAUCUGACAAGUUACCGGGACUGUCUAGUGAAAUGGAACCGUGCAGUGGAGGUCAUGUAUGAACAAUGCCUAGCUGCGGCAGAGGGGAGCUGUCUGCCCAUUCACUAUGAACAACUUGUUCUAAAUCCAGAAAUAGUGAUGCAAAAGCUGCUUCAGUUCCUGGAGUUGUCCUGGGACCAGGGCGUUCUGCACCAUGAGCAGCUGAUUGGAAAAGCUGGAGGAGUAUCAUUAUCUAAAUUGGAACGGUCAACUGACCAAGUUUUCAACCCAGUGAACACAGAAGCCCUGUCCAAGUGGGUGGGACACAUUCCUGAUGAUGUAGUUAAGGACAUGGCUAACAUAGCUCCCAUGCUGACACGCCUGGGAUACGACCCUCUUGCUAACCCUCCAGACUACAGCAAGCCUGAGCUUUUACCCCUGCACAGCAUGUCUCUGAAUAAAGGAGCUAAAGAAAAUACAGAUGCUUAUCAUCUUAGUUAAUCUGUCACGGAGCAUCUUUCAUGUUUCACAAUGAGUCGAAUUCCACCUUUUUUAGGUUUGUAGGUUGAUGGAAUUUGCAGGACGCUCGAACUCAGACUUUGUUGACUGAUGCUGCACAAUCACCAGCUCACUGAUGUUUUGUAUAAAUGAUGUCUGUUUCAUCUGUGAAAUUAUCUCUAUUCAUUUGUUAAAGUGUCUGUCAAUGAAAAUAAAUAUUUAUUUAAAAAAAAUAA